CCUAAGCAAGAAGAUUCCUAAUAUGAAGGUUUUCGUGUGUGUUUUAACAGUUUUAGUAGCUUCAUGCUCAGCCGGAUUCUUGGGCGGUAGCUCUGGUGGUGGAUAUGCUGCUGGUGGCCAUGGAGAGGUUAAGACCGUUAAGGUUAUCCAUCAAGAACAAGCCGGUGGACAUGGUGGUUAUGCUUAUGGUGGUCAACAACAACAAUAUGGUGGUUACUCUGCCGGUGGCGGCCAAGAAGUCAAGACAAUCAAAGUGAUCCAUCAACAACAACAGCAACAGGGUGGAUACUCAGCUGGUGGUUAUGCUCAUGGUGGUGCUGUCGCUGGUGGCCAAGAAGUCAAGACCAUUAAGGUUAUCCAUCAACAACAACAGCAGCAAGGAGGACACGGAUACGCAGCCGCCGGUGGUCAUGGUGGUGCUGAACACGUCAAAACCAUUCAAGUUGUUCAUGAACAAGCUGGCGCUAGCGCUGGUGGUUAUUCCGGUGGAUUCUCUGCAGGCGGUCAUGGCCAUGGUGCUGCUGAAGAAGUAAAAACCAUUCAAGUUAUCCAUGAACAAGGUGCUGCUUCGGCUGGGGGUUACUCUGCCGGUGGAUACUCAUCCGGUGGUUAUUCGGCCGGUGGUGCUAGCGCCGCUGCUGAACAAACUAUUAAAGUUAUUCACGAAGAGGCAUCUGCUGGAGGUUAUUCUGCUGGUGAUUAUGGCGGUUUUGCUGAUGCUGGCGCUUCUUCUGCUGCUGGCUCUGGUGGCUUCGACGAUGCACUUGAAACUUUGAAAUCUCUUAAAGUUAUCGGUGCUUUGGGUGCUGAUGGUGGUGCCGGUGGUUAUGGUGGUGCCAGUGGUGCUGGUUCAUAUGCCGGUGCUUCUUCAGCUGGUGGUUGGCAAUAA